UGCACCUGGGUGUGGUCCUCUCUCAAUGUAAGGCACGUCACAUCUCCUGUAAAAAUUAAAUAAAUGAGAUACAAUUGACAUUUGCACAUCCGUCAAGCAAUGCUGUAAAAAAGGCUCUCAGCUGCUACUGUCAGGGUUGCUAAGCAACAGGAGCAGCGCGUCGUAGGCUAGACGAUCUCAAUUAAAGCAGCCUCGGAGAAGGAUGCAGCCCCUGAAUUGGGACACAGCUUUAGUACUCAAGGGCUCUGAUGGAUGUUAUCUUCAGGUGUGAUACAUAUAUGUCUGCAGUUAGCUGGAAGAUUUUGGUUUGACAAAUAUUUCAGUUACUGAAGCAACAAUGUCUUCAGUUCAGCAUUUGAGAGACUUUAUCAGGGAGAGACUAACUGCUACAGCUGAAGACAUCUCCUCUGAGGCUGAAAAAACGAUGGUCCAGUAUGAGGAGGAGAUCAGCCGUCAGCGCAGACUGCUGGAUAUCAGCCGGAAACCCGAGACAAAGUUACACAUGACAGCAAUCCCACAACAACAUGAAUGUAAGGAAGAGGAGGGUCUCCUCCAGCAGGUCUGCAUCCCGGAGAGGAACUCCAGUCUUGAUCAGGAGGACCCAGGGCAUCCAGAGAUUAAAGAGGAACCAGAGGAACUCUACACCAGUCAAGAGGGAGAGCACCUUAUACUGAAAGAGGAGACUGAUACCUUUAUGGUGACUUCUACUUGUGAGGAAAGUGAACCAAACAGUGACCAGCUCCUUUCUCACAACUGUCCUGAACUGGAGAGCAGAGACGAGGAAGAAAGCACGUAUGUGGACUCAGGAUCGACUAGAUGUGCAGAUCUGUUGAGACAUCAAAUAGACAGAAGUCAUAUUAGCAGAGUAAAUGACUCUCAGGCUUUAGACAGCCAGUGUAAAACUGAUACAAGUAAAAAGUCUGUAAAAUGUGACACUUGUGGAAAAGCCUUUCAGUGUAAAUCCAACCUGACUAAACAUCUGAGAACACACACAGGUGAAAAGCCACAUUCCUGUAGCAUCUGUGGAAAAGGAUUUAGUCAGAUGGCAAACUUGAAAACUCACAUGAGAAUUCACACGGGCGAGAAGCCACAUUCUUGCAACACCUGUGGGAAGAGAUUCAGUCACAUGAUAACUUUGAAAACUCACGUGCAAAAUCACACAGGUGACAAGCCGCAUUCUUGUAGCACCUGCGGGAAAAGAUUCAGUCGUAUGAUACACUUGAAAACUCACAUCAGAAUUCAUACAGGUGAGAGGCCGCAUUCGUGUAGCACCUGUGGUAAAAGAUUCAGUCAGAAAUCAACACUGGAAACUCAUGUAAGAAUCCACACAGGUGAGAAGCCACAUUCUUGUGCGAUCUGUGGGAAAAGAUUUAGUCAGAUGGCAAAUCUGAAACGACACAUGGGAAUUCAUACUGGUUAAAGAUCACGAAUGAGUGAGAGCUGUCAGACAUGGCAGUGUGCCGAUGAUAGAGCCCACACUGGUGACAAACCAAAUCGCUGCAACAACUAAGGGAAAAUGUGACCUCAUAUUCAGGUUGAGACGUGUACAGAACUCUCAGAAUUGUUUAUUUGGCUAAUUAUUAUGAUGCAUUGGAACCUUUUUUUAUUGUACUUUAAAAAAAAAAUUGUGACGUGGUGACCAGAGAACAAAACAGUUUUUUCCCUGCAUCUUUGGGUUGGCGAACGUUUCCUGGCUGAUGUCUCUGCUUACAUGCCGAAUACUAUCCGAGAACUAUUCAGCAUGUACCUGGGCUACUUAGGGUCCCCAACACUCAACAUAAGAAGUGAAGCAAAACCUGCAGGGGUGUGAUUGAAGGGAAUAGCCUGUCCAGUCUAAAUCCAAGCAGUGCUUUGUGGGGCUUCUGUGAUAGUCCUACUUUAUUCAUAAUCAACACCAUGUUCAAACAAGUGUGUCUAUGAGUGCACAUCACACCUGAGCCAUAAAUUGCUGAUCAAUUUUGUAAUCAUAUAGUCAGGUCUGCAGCUGUAUGUUCUGAACUGUCAGGUUAUGAGAGGAGCCCAGUUGUCAGUUGAUCAUUAGCUAGUGGUGAGUUGGAGGACAUGGUGGGGAAGGAUGCCAGAACGACCUUGCAUACCCAUACUGUAGAUGUGCUGAAAGCAUCUGGUAGAGGUUCCAGUUCACAAGAUCUUUAACUCUGAGAGCUUUAACAGCAUUCUGAUGAAAGCUAGGGACAUUGACUCUGAAUGGACCGUUUCACGUGUUUUUCCGUCUCGGAGUAGAGCUCCUACUCCCCAAAUAUCGAAAGGAGAUGUUUAAGGUGGUUUUUGCAUAUAACCAGAAAGUGUCCAGUGUGAAGUGUUCUGGGCACUGCAGGAUGUGGCCCCAGGAGAAACAAUGGGGAGAUUAUAUCUUUCAGCUGGUUUGGGAACUUAUUGGGGUCCCUUAGGAAAAACUAGAGGAGGUGGCUGGAAAAAUUCAACUCUGGGUAUCUCUGCUUAUACCUGCUGCUAUACUUGCUGCUGUGACCUAGAAAUGGAUUACCUGUCCAACUGUCAAAAAUUACAACUCUGGCUCCUUGAAAGUAAAAUGUAAAGAGGGGUGCUCAAGACAUUUGCA